AUGAGGGACAUCAUCGGCAUCGCCACCGGCCUAGCGCUGCUUCUGGGCGGUGCCACGGCGGCAGACAACUGCGCAAGCGUUGCGGUUACCGCGAUCCCAUCAUGCGCCCAGAGCUGUUUUACGGAGGGCGCUUCAUUUGUGGGCUGCGACAGUCUCGACUUCUCUUGUCAAUGCGGGAAAGAAGCGGCUCUUUACGCUGCCAUUGAACCCUGCGUCGCGACGGGAUGCCCGGCCGCGUCAUUCCAGGCCGUCAUCAACGGAGCAUCAUCUGUAUGCGGUUGUGCCGGAGCAGGUCAGAUCGGCGGUCAAACUAUUUCUGGAUCAUUCGUCUCCGCGAUAUCGGGCUCUGGCAUCGGAUCAUCACCGGCGACGGCGUCAGCAACGCAUUCAGGAAGUGGCGGAUCACCCUUUCCUGCAUCGGCUACGCAAGGAGGCAGUGGAGGUGACGGAUGGAACCCUCCUCCUACUACCACUCCGUUCUCGACUUCGUCGCCCGUCAACGCUGCUGAACUCCAGUCAGGAUCCAAGCUCAAACUCCUGUACAGCAUCGUCGGAAUGGCGAUAGCUGUUGCCAUGUCAUCUUGA